AUGGCGUCCAAAGAAAUCAACGACACCCCUCAGGCGGCGAGCCCUCCGCUGGGCUCGCCGCUUGGGGACCUGAAUGAGAAGCGGCCGCUCGAUCCCCACUUGGCCGAUGAUAUUUCCGACACCACUCAGGACGAGGGUCAUGUCCUCAACGUCACCGAGGACGACCUUCUCGAGGCGAAAGCUCUCGCCUCUUCCUUCACCCUCGAGGAUACCCGACGCCUGAUGAAACAAGUCCAUAUCCAACACGCGAGGGACCCCAACUUCCCUAUUUCGAUCAUUGACAGAAUCGAACAAUUCAUCGGAAACGACGAUGUGUUCGAAAACCCCGAAAAACACGAGCGCCUCAUCCAAGAGAUGAAGAUUGAGGCCGCUCUCAUUACUAGCAACUCUCCUUAUGCCGAGGUGCGCGCCGUCGUCGAUAACCGCGAUGACCCUGCCAUGCCGACCUCUACGAUCCGCGCUUGGGUCAUCGGCAUCUUCUUUGCUUGCUGCAUCUCCUUUAUCAACUCCUUCUUCGACGUCCGCUUGCCCAGCAUCUAUGUCAUCCAGACCGUGCCUCAGCUUUUGGCGUAUCCCGUCGGUCGAUUCUUCGAAAGGGAGCACAUGCUCAUCACCAUCAUGAGCAAUGUUGCAAAGAGUACACCUUACACCAACUACAUUGUCUGGAUCCAGGUCCUUCCUCAAUAUUUCAACCAGCCUUGGGCCAUCAGCGUCGGAUAUCAGACACUCAUCGCUUUGUCUACCAACUUCAUCGGUUACGGUCUCGCCGGCAUUUGCCGCCGAUUCCUCGUCUACCCAGCCUACUGUGUCUGGCCCUCCUCACUGGUGACCAUUGCCUUGAACUCUGCGUUCCAUGACACCGAUCGGGAGAGCGCCCAGGUUCUCGGCCCUCUCAAGUCGAUAUGGAAAAUGUCGCGCAUUAAAUUCUUCCUGUGGGGCUUCACUCUGAUGUUCUUCUACUUCUGGCUGCCCAACUACCUUUUCGCCGCGCUCAGCUACUUCAGCCUCAACCCUAUCCCCUCUUUCGACUGGAACAUCAUCACCUACGUCAUUGACCCCCUCAUGGUUCCGUUUUACUCGACGUUUAACGUCUUCCUCGGCGCAUUCUUUUCCAUGUUCAUCAUCAUCGCCAUCUACUAUACCAACACCUGGAACACGGCCUACCUUCCCAUCAAUUCGAACCGCACCUUUGACCAUUUCGGCAAGAGGUACAAGGUUGCCUCCAUCAUCGAUGAGAGCGGUAUCUUUGACGGCGCCAAGUACGAGGCUUAUUCACCGCCCUUCCUCUCGGCCGGUAACGCUGUUGUAUACAUGUUCUUCUUUGCCGUCUAUUCGUCAACUGUCACCUAUGGUAUCCUCUAUCAUAGACACGAGAUCAUGCUUGGCCUCCGCGAUGCCUGGACCGCCAUCAAGACGAAGAGGAGCAAGAGGAGAGAUAACCAAGAACAAAGCCAAGAGCAGGCCGACCGAAAUGCCCUUGAUGUGCACAAUCGUCUUAUGGCAUCUUAUAAGGAGGUCCCAGAAUGGUGGUACAUGAUUUGCCUUGCCAUCGCGCUUGGCCUCGGUAUCGCUGGUAUUGCCGCCUACCCGACUAGCACAACCCCGCUCCAGGACCUCAAGCUUGCGCACUACAUCAAAAUUGCCCCUCGCUUCACUUUCUGGGCCCAGAUGGUACCCACGCUAGUGUCGACUUUUAUCAGCAUCGCCGUUCUCCAGUACCAGGUCCACAUCAAGGAUAUCUGCACCGAAGAUGCUCCCUUCCGAUUUACCUGCCCGGGUGUCAACACUUUCUUCACCGCUGCCGUCUUCUGGGGCACGGUCGGACCGAGGAAGAUUUGGGGUGUCGGUGGCCAGUACGCCGUCACUCUCAUCGGAUUCCCUGCGGGCGUCCUUGUUGUGGCCAUCUUCUACGUACUCAGCCUCAAGUGGCCUAAGAACGCCAUCAUCCGUAACGCCCAUCCUGUUGUCAUGUUCAACGGCGCCCUCAGCUGGUCUCCUUAUACCCUGGCCUACAUCUGGCCUGCCGUUCCUGUCGCCGCCUUCUCGUGGCUCUUCCUCAAGAAGAGGUACCUAGACUUCUGGUCCAAGUACAACUUCGUCACCUCAGCUGCUUUCUCGUGCGCCGUUGCCAUCUCAGGUAUCGUUAUCUUUUUCGCGCUCCAAAUCUGGGGCAAGGAGGUCCAUUGGUGGGGUAAUGAUGGCGCCUUUGAAGGCUGCGAGGGUAGCUGCACUCUUCUGGAGCUUACCGACCCUGAAGAAUAUUUCGGACCGAGACUUGGUGACUUCCACUAA